AUGAACAUGAGCAGGCGGCAACAAGAUUACCAACCUCACCGGGCAUACCCUUCGACGGAUCGGCUGCAGUCGCCACCCUCAUCUCAGCGAAGGGCUGCUAUCCCACUGUCCGCCAGUCAACAAACAGCCGGGGCAGACCAAAGUUAUCAGCCUCCCAGUUCUCGUGCAUCGCAUUCGUCUGGACAGAGUUUUUUCCAGUCAUCCCGGAACGUUGAAGUUAGCAGAAGCAACUUUCAUGCCACCCGGGGUCAUCACACGAACCUGACAAUCAACGUGAACCACGGGGAAGCUGGAUAUGUCUCCGACGGCCAGGACCCCGCCUCGCAUACCAGGGACCGAUUGACCGGGUGGGAUAGACGGCCAAGCCCGUUCGUCGAUGAGGAAGCAGAGGCCCUCACCCCUAAUGCAGUAUCACUACAGGAACCUCAAAGGAGCUGCGAGAUUUAUGCUCGACUACUCAUACCAAAGCAUCGAGGAUUUCCGUUAUGGAUUCCAGAGCCUCAUCGCAACUUACCUACUGCCUACCGGCGAACGGGUGUCAAGAUUGGUGAUGUAGGCAUCAUCACGUCUUCCGGGAGCUUCUCCUUUCUCUUCAAUAUAUUUACCGCCAUGGAGGACCCCAUCCAUAUUUCUCGAUUACCGGCAGGAUUUAUUCCAACCGCUCCGUUGCGUCGAGAGAUCGAUAUCUGUAUCUUCUCUGAAUUCGGACCUGGAAGCUACCUUGCGAGUUCAACAAUUGAGAAAUCAGAGUGCGACUCAUCACCAGGAUUGGCAUUCAAAACGUCAGCCUCUGAAGGUGCCGUACUAGCUAUGCCAGAAGGUGCCACGUCGAUAAAUGUCGAAAACAUUGGGCAGAUCAGGAAAUACGUUGCGGCCCACCUGGUUAAUUGGUAUCACUACGUCAACGGUCCUCUCGGUCGCGACGCAAAAAAUGGCGACAUUCGCAUAGUCAUCGGUUGUGACAAGACCACCUCGUAUGGCAUGGCGACUGUGACGAUGACCAACAUGACCCAGGAAAUAAGCCACCAGCUCAAGCUCAAGCCCCUUCAGAUUUCGGAUGCACCAAUCUCGACGUACGUGUGGGAACAUUCUGGUCUAGCAGAAGUGAGGGCAGGUCCUGAUCCACAGGAGAUCGAAGAAAUGAGAGACCAGGAUCCAUUAGCCCCGGAAGUCGGCAAAUACAAGAAUAAUUGCCUCUUUUUGCGGACGAUUAACCCCAUGCUUGGGGAAGAGCAGUGGCUCAAACUAUGUCAACAGCUCGACACGCCUCACCUUGUGGACUCCUGUCAUCGAACACCCACAUCUUAUACCCAAUCUACAUCGUCCUCUAGGUCGAAUAGAGCAUCGGGAAACGGCCGCUUUUCUCAUCGACGAUCUGACAGUGGACGCCGUUCCUCGUCGCGAAGAACACUUCACCCUAGCCAACCUAUGUUCGAUCCUCCGACCACGAUGUCUUUUCACCCCUCUCUAUCCAUUAACAAGGCACUGUUCGAAAAGGUGUCCAACGCAGAAAUAGUGAUCACUAAAGACUCGGAUUGGUUUUCCAUCUUCGAUGAGAACCAUGGUAUCAUUCUGGACGACGAUGAACUCUUCAAACGAAUUCUGGCAAAUCAUCAGAUCCUGGUAGACAACGGUGUCGUCUUCCUCGAACAGCACAAGGUGAACUCCGAGUUGUCUUCUCAAGCACCAUCAAAGCUUCACCAAGCAAAUGUCAUUGGUGGGGCGAGUGCAUUUGAGACAUGUACGGAUGCACCUGUCACAUUGACGAUGGCCAAAGCCGCUGGUGCGAUGUCAACUGUUUCAUCGACGACACCAACAAUGGCUUCGUCGUUGGAUGUUGUGAAGCUGCCGCCGCCAACUAUACCAGCACCUCCAACCGCAACCACUGCCCUCAGUACUUUAGUAGACAUAACGCCGUCCCAAAUACUGCAUCGAACACCCUCAUUAGGCGGUAGCCCGUUCAAUAUCGGCAGGAGCGCGAGCAGCAGAUCGGAGUCGGUGUCGGUAUCGGCCGGUGGUGAUCCUUCUAUCACAAAAAAGCGGCGCUCGCGCUCUCGUUCAAGGCCCAGGACCUCGAAAUAUUUCAAAGGCAAAGCGAGAGCAACACAGUCUCCCAUCCUCCAAUUGGACGGCGACUCGUCGCAAGAUGAGAACUCCUAUAUUCCGUCACCAAUCAUGCUCCGGAUGGUACCUCCUCUAGCAUCUCCGAUGCCCCAUUUCCCUUUCUUUCAGCAACCUUACUUCCCCCCACCACCGACUUCUAUUUCGCGAGACAUGUCCUUAUUUUAUUCAGGCACUUCUCCUCCAACCCCGCUGCCAACUUCAGAAGAUUUGCGGAAUUUUAGUUUGAUGCGCUCGAACAGCACAGGUUCCUCUGCGGCAGGUCGACGAUUGGCAAUGCAUAAACUAACGGGCAGCACAGAGACAUAUGAUUCAUCGCUUUCCCCUACACCGCCGUCCCACGCAAAGCUCUCUCGGAAUAACACCGUGUCAGGAGGGGAGCGUAUUGCAGCACGGCAGAACUUGCUAAACAGGCUAGGCACCCGGCUGAAAGAGGGAGAUGUUGAGGCUACCAGCGGGGCAGAGGAUAGAAGCGCUCUUUCUCCGACUCCAAAACGACGGCGGCGACGGUCAAGAUGCACUUCAGACCCUGUCAAUCCCGUUCCUGUAAUCUCUGGUUCAGAGUUCAACUCUACAAAUCCCAACAUCAUUCUAUAUGCCCCAGCCUCUCCUUUCUCUGCUGCCCGACCUCAUGUCAGUGGCUAUGGAUCUGUUUCCCCACAAUUCUUCCCAACAAGAUUAUCAACCGCCUCUCGAAUACACAGCGUUGGGGACCGUUCGACCGUAGCAGGAGAAUUUCCGGAGUUCGAAGGUAGUUCUCCAAAACGGCUACACCGGCUCGCAGUGAUGCAGCGGGAGCUGGUGCAGACCUCUGGUGCGAGCGCCCAACAGUACCCGACAACGCCAACGAUUCAGCAGCAAUACCCCCGAGGAAACACCUUCAAUACCUCCAAGCCGCCGAGCAGGCAACAGUCGACGUACCAGCCCGCGGGUGGGGGAGAGGCGGAGCGGAUGGCAGAGGUACAGAGGCAGUUGCAGUUGCUCCAACUCCACCAGCAGGCGAAGGAGCGCGAGCGUGAUGUCAUGUCUUCUGUCACUGGGUCGUCAAAGGUUGCUGCAAAGCCUAGCUCUAACGCCAACUCCAGUCCCAACUCUAAGUCGGUUUCCAACACCAACGCCAAUGCGAAGGCAAAUAAGAUCGAUGAUGUCAGCGGUGGUGGUGGCGAGGUGGCAAAGUCCUUCGACGAGGAGCUCGCAGCCAAGAUCGAGAAAUCGCUUGCUGACCCUCUCUUACCACGUAAGAAGCUGCGGGUGGUGCUGCAGACCGAGUCCGAGUUAGAGACGGAUACAAACCAUGAUGGGAGUUGGUCGAGUGAGGAUAUGAGUAGGGAGGAGGUUGUUGUGCAGGAGCAACUGCACCACCAGCACCUGUAG